GUAUAUCGAGGCAUAGACCCAGGCAGCCGGACAUACGUCGCGCUGAAGAUGUCUCGUACCUCCUUACGUGUACAGAGAACCAUACUGCAACACGAAAGCCGAGUCUUGCAACUGCUUCAAGGGCAUCCCGCGAUCCCGGUGCUAUACGGUUACGGACGUGUUCCGCACUUUGAGUACAUCGGUAUGGAGCUCCUCGGACCCAGCAUCCGGGACCUACACCCUGCACCGCAUGGGACUUCGGCAGUCACCUAUGCUCGCCUCAUGGACCAGAUGCUAGCUGCACUCGAACACUCGCACUCGCUUGGGAUAGUGCAUCGUGAUGUCAAACCUGCAAAUAUUCUCACGUGCUUAGAUGAUCCAUCCCGCCUGAGACUAAUUGACUUCGGCCUCGCUAAGCCUUACCAACGUAGUGGUUCACCCAGCAAAUACGACCCUAUUAAGGAGAACAAAGUUAUUGUCGGCACAUUGCACUGGGCUAGCUUGAACUCUCAUCUCGGAUUCGACCUCUCUCGGCGAGAUGACCUUGAGUCUCUUGCUUACGUCGGCCUUUUCCUGCUUCGUGGAGACUUGCCCUGGCGAGCGGAGCACACCGAGUCAAAGGCGUACUGGUAUGAGGGCGAAACGCAUGCAAUGAUACGCAUACAUGCCGCCAAAGAGGCAUGCAAAGGCUUGGUGCUCGUACGCGCUGGCUUUCCUGAAAUCGGCGGCUUCUUGGACUACAGUCGGUCUCUCGGCUUUUGUGAAACUCCCGACUACCGCACCUGGCGGCAACGAUUCGCCACUCUCGCGCAACAGUCUGGU